ACACAGCAAAGGUGUUACUCACAAGAAAAUAUGCUCAAACUAAGAUGUAUGCUAAAUGACACUAACUGGGAACUUUUCAACGAACACAAACUGGAUGAUACUAUUUCCAAUUUGACUGACUAUCUUAAAUUCUACCUUGAUAUAUGCUGUCCAAAACAGAUAAUUUUCAAAAGAAUGGAUCGUUUUUCUUCCCCUCAUCUCAAAAAACUUCGUAGAGAAAAAGAGAAGCUGUACAAGACAAAGAAUAAAUCUGGUCUUAAGAAGAUAAACAUCCAAAUUAAAUCUGAAAUCAAGAGACUAAACAACAUUUAUAAUCAAACAAUACUGUCUUGUAAAACCUCAGAAAACAUAUGGAAGCUUUUUAGAGAAAUUACUGGUUGUGGUAAGCAUAAUAAUUUUGCUUCUUCUAUUGAUGUAAAUGCUCUCAAUAGAUCUUUUAUCCGCCCUCCAAAUGUCCCUUCUGCCUUCAAUUUAACUAAUAACACGACCAGUGACUUUCAUAGUUUCAAUACUUCUGAUGUUCUUAAAUGUUUGAAAUCUCUUAAACCUUCCCAGAGUCUAGGCCCUGAUGGUAUACCUGCCAUUGUUCUAAAGAAAUGUGCUGAUAUUUUAAGUAACCCACUUACAAGCAUUUUCAAUACUUCUUUUUCCAAUUAUGUUGUACCUUCUCUGUGGAAAGAUAUUAAAAUCAUCCCUGUACCCAAGUCUGGUUCUGGAGAUAGUGUUAAGUUUAGACCAAUUGCCAUUACCUCUCCUUUUUUGAAACUGAUGGAGAAAUUACUGUUACAAAAACUCGUACCCUCCCUAAGCUUCUCAAACGAUCCAAAGCAGUUUGCUUACAAACAGGGUAGAAGUACUUUGGAUGCUGCUGCUGUGUUUCAUCACAACAUUGUAUCCUCCUUAGACAAAGGGGCCAAGUAUGUCCGUUGUACUUUCCUUGAUUACACAUCUGCUUUUGACUCUGUACCUAGAGGCCUUUUGUUAAACAAGCUUAGCCUUACACAAACUGAGUCCUGGGCUAUCAACUGGCUGCACUCUUACUUCUCCAAUAGGAUGCAGUACACGGUAUAUAAUGGUGUAGCUUCCUCUCCUUUGCUUACUGAAGCUGGUGUUCCUCAGGGUGCUGUUCUCUCGCCGUUUCUCUUUUCCUUCUUCUUACAUGACUUACCUCUCUCAGACGAAAUCAACUUCGUCAAAUAUGCAGAUGACCUGACUGUUUCGCUUCCCGUUAAGUCUCAGUCAGACUGCUUCAAAUUAAAUAGCUUCCUGUCGGACAUCAGUCAGUGGUCUAAACUAAAUGGCCUCAUGCUGAAUCCCUCAAAAUGCCAGACUGUCGACUUCUCCUUUAGGCAUAAACGAGAUCUACAAACACUAGUAAGCACUCAUGAUGCCUGUAGCAUUGAGGGGACUAUAAUUGAAACAAAGUCUAAUGCAAAAUACCUCGGAUUAGUUCUAUCUUCCGACCUUACUUGGUCAUCUCAUAUCCAAAUGAUUUCCAAGAAAGUGUUUCGUCUAACCUACUACAUUAAGAAACUCAGACUAACUGGAGUCCCUCAACCUCUGCUUUCACAAUUUGUCAACUCUCGUAUCCUACCUAUUCUACUUUACUGCUCCCCGUUAGUCUUUCCUGGGUUACUGAAAAAGGACUAUACCAUCCUGAGAAGGAUGUUGAAGGUAGUUAGUAGGACUAGCGGUGUAAAACUCAGUCAGCUCGUCACUACAUUAGUGGAUAAGCAUCUGAAUACAUGCGAGAAAUGGUCUAAAACCAUACUCUCUGACCCCCAACAUCCCCUCUAUUCCCAACUCUCUCCUUGCAUCUCAUCAGGUAGAACCAGAAAUCAGUACAAAAUAAUAUAUGCUCGUACAACCAAGUAUAGGAACUCAACGAUACCAUAUUUGGCCCGUGUUCUAAGUGACAGAGACAAUGUUGAGCGCGAAACCUAUGACUUGCUUUGUUGUUAAUAACAUAAUUUUGGCCCUUUUAUCUCUCCCUUAUACUCUCUUAUUUGUACUCUAUAGUGAACAACCUUCUUAAACAUACUUAGC